AAUACUCUUGACCGUACACGGUGGUUACUUGUUUUGUUUUGGAAAAUAAAAGACCCCAGUGGAAUUUCUUGCUAUCGAAUCAGCCAAGUAUUCAGGCAUUCCAUUUAUAAUUAAUUCUUACCUGAGAUGGAGGUAUUAAUAAUUUAUCAGGUAGAUUUAGUUGGAAACAUUUAAUCACACAGAAGACGUGGAGACAAGAUGCCAGCACCGUAUCACUAUGAUGAACAGAGAUAUGUUUCGGAGGAUGACAGUGGUCUGAGAGGCUCACGUCAGUACCAGGCGCAACCUAAUAUGGCACGCUAUGAACGUUAUGAAAUUGACCCUCCUUCCUUGAAAGCAAGACAAGACGAUAUGAAAGGAAAGAAAGUGACCUUCUGUAUGUCUGGCGACAAAGAUAGUAAAGGGGUAGAUCUUUGUAUUAACAACAAGAUACGUACGUUCGGAAGUCUGUUGGCAGAGCUGGAUAAGCAUCCAAAGAUCAAACCUAAAGGAGGUGUCCGAUUUGUGUUCCGAAAAGACGAAAAUAACAGAUACAAGAGGAUAGAGGAUCUGGGCGAGAUACAAAGUGGUGAUCUCUUGGUGGUAUCAGACAGAGCAAGAAUUGACAAGAGCAUUGACUAUGGCUUUCCACUAGGACCUAGUCCUACAAAAAGUUUACAAAGGUCGCCCCUCCCACGGAGGUCAACAAAGGUUACUGCACCCUUCAGACGUAGUCUAUCCAGGAAAAACGACACGAUUGUAGUGAUGAACAAGGAAAGGAUGACAACCUAUAAGGUCAAUCCUAACACCACACAACUGUUUGAGCAAAUUCUUGAUGAUAUUGGUGAUAUGUUGAAGCUCAGUGCAUACAAACCACUAAGUAUGCAUUCGGUCACACCAGCAGCAUACACUCAGAUAGACAGCUUCACUAAGUUAAACUCACAGUUACACACAACAGAACUGCGCAGUAGCGGAAAAGAAGUGCCGAAAUUUGUCGUCUGCAAAUCUGGUGAACAUCCAGAGGACGCACUUUCUGAGAAACUGAGGAAAGCAUACGAAAAGAAAGGCUUAAUUAAAUCAAAUGAUAAAAGUCCGGUGCAAAAUGGUAUUGGAAGAUACGAUGAUGACGAUGAAGAUGCAGGUUAUGAUCAGGUAGAAGACGGAGCGCCAGAACCUGAAAAACAUCCAAGAGGUUACCAGAGAAGUAAAGACUACGGCAGGGAACCAUCCCCACAAAGACGGAACCAGAGAAGCAGAGACUUUGAACAGGAACAAUCUCCUCCAAGACGGAACCAAAGAAAUCGUGAAUAUGACCGCGAUCCGUCUCCACCCAAACAGGUUGAAGAGCCACAAACUGCUCGUAGACCUACUCAAAGACAGAAUGGUUUGUCGAAGUCCCAGUCGAAAGAAAGCGUUGGAUCAAAACAGACUACUGGCCGCACCCCGCCUAGACAAGCUGCACCGCCGACCAAACCACAAACAAGAAAACAACCACCACAAAGAAAACAAGUGGAAGAAGAAACCAGUUCCGAAUCUCAACAGAACCAAGAAGAAAGUGGCGAGGACUCCGAUUCCGAUUACCCAACUCCGAGACUUCUUACACCCAAAAGACCAAAGGAACGUGUCGAGACGCCUGAAUGUUAAACUCACUGAUUGAUAUAGAUCGUAAUGUUGUUGUAUCUUGUAUUGACAAACCCUUUUUUUUAUAUGUGCACCAAAACGUGUAAAUGAUAUUGUUGAUGGGUCUUAGGAAACUGUGAUAAUUGGUCUACUAUUUUGAAGACGAGAACUUGUGUUCCAUGUAAUUUGUGUGAAAAAUUACCUCAACCAUACUUAAUUAUUAUGUUGACGAAUUAUUAUUACGCAACACAAAAAUGUGCUGACUUUUUGGGUAUUGGUUUUGCAUUCAUUUGUAUAUCCGCACUCUUGUACAUGGAAUAGACUGUAUACUGAUACCGCCUUUUCAUGCCGUUCGUCUGUCCGUGAUUUUUGUAACAUUUGAUAUUUGGUCUGAAACUUACUAAUG